GGUGCAUCUGAGUCAGUAAUUACACCGACCUGCACUUACCUUUAGUUUCUGUACAUCACUUCAGUAAAGGAAUGAAAUUAUAGUACGCGAUCUGGCAAUUGCAGCUUUUUAAAUAAAACGCAAGAAGUUUGAUGUUGGAGAUCACCUUGGAAAAUAAAAUGGAAGAACCUUUGGCAGUCCAGGCACAUCAACAGUGUACACAAGGAGCUAUUUUAUCUGUUGCCUGCCCAGCCUCCUUUGCACAAGCCCUGUGUCAAGUUACCAAUGUAUCUGUCCUGAAGGCAAUGAACAUUUCAAAUGGAAGCAACCUGGACAAACCAUUGCUAGCAAAUGAUAAAUUCCACAACAUCUACAUUGGCUUGGUCCUAGCAAUGAGCUCAAGUGUUUUUAUUGGGUGCAGCUUUAUACUCAAGAAGAAGGGUCUCUUGCAGUUGGCUAAAAGGGAAACAACUAGAGCAGGUAAGCAUUCCUGAUUUGUUAAUAUGAUUAUUUUAAUCAUCUGCAUUUCUCAGUAAUAUCUCACGUGUGUUCUGUGUAAUCCCAUUAUUGUUUCUACUAAGAUCGUUAUUUGCCAUGCCUACUAAAUG